GAAGAUACUGAGCGUAGGCCAUUUAAUUUUGAAAUAUAUUUUUUUCAUUUAAUUAUUUAUUUAUUUUACCGAGUUUCUUUAACUGCGGGGUAUUAUGAAGAAAUACGACAUCGUUUCAUAGGAUUGUUAACUGCCGGGUGCUCUAAAGAUAUACGACGUCGUAUAACCGGAUUUACUGCAGGUUCUUUGAACUGCGGGGUAUUCGAUGAUCUACGACGUCGUUUGGCGAAUUCCCCAAUCAAAAUCCGUGCGAAUUCCAGUACGAAAGAAAAUGAGGCCGGAAACACUCUCGCAACUCGUGAAGACGAUUCGACGAGCUGCGGCGGAUGGAUUUCUUGUUGGCUGAUCACUUUGAUUUUGUAAUUCCAUAGAGAAGGCAACUAUGGCACUGCAUGUUCUUAAGCUUCCCAUACUCUGGCGCUGUAGCACAGGCCCUUGUUCAAGCUUCCUUUUCUUAUCUAAAUACCAUGCUCAUACUCUUCCAGUGAGAUGGGUGGAGGCUAACAGAAGUAGUCAGUUCAGAUGCUUUGCCGUUGCAAAGCCUGAAAAGAUUCAAUUACCAAAGAAGAAAAAGAGGCUGGAUGAAAUAUGUCUUGAAAGAUUUCAGCAAUACAGCCGAACAUAUAUACAGUCAUGGAUCUUACAAGGCAAAGUCUUUGUGGAUGGAAAGAUGGUGAAUAAAGCUGGAACACCUAUCUCUGAUAAGUCUGUUGUCGAAAUUAUAGCUGAAGUUCCAAAAUAUGUAUGUAGAGCAGGAUAUAAGUUAGAAGCUGCCAUUGAACAGCUGGGUGUUGAUGUGGCUGGCAAAGUAGCUCUUGAUUCAGGGCUGUCAACAGGAGGAUUUACUGAUUGCCUUCUUCAGUAUGGUGCAUCAGUUGUUUAUGGAGUUGAUGUAGGCUAUGGACAGGUAGCAGAUAAAAUUCGUCGUGACCAACGAGUUAGUGUUAUAGAGCGGACAAACUUGAGAUAUCUCUCUGAAUUACCUCAAAAAGUUGAUUUGGUGACUCUGGAUCUUUCCUUCAUUUCUAUUCUCUUGGUAAGUAAUGCUACAGUAGUGAAUGUGAUGAAAGAAGAUGCAACCUUAGUUACCUUGGUUAAACCUCAAUUUGAAGCUCGCAGAUCACAGGUUGGAAGUGGUGGAAUCGUGAGGGAUCCCCAGGUGCAUCAGGAGGUACUUGAGAAGAUUAUAAGAGGUGUAGAGAACUUUGGAUUCAUCAGCAAAGGAUGGAUCGAAUCUCCUAUUAAGGGUGCUGGGGGUAACAAAGAAUUUCUAGUUUGCUUUAACAGAAUAGUUGAGAAAAAUGAAGAAUAAUGUCUGAAUGAUAAGGCGAUAGUUUGUAUUUUUUUUGACAAUGCCAAAGCUCCAAAUCCGUAUGCCUGCAACACUUGCAUUUAAAGGUGGCUGAGUGCUUCUAGUAUUUGCACAUCGUAUUUAGCAGGUAGAGAAUAGUAAUUGGAAACCAGAUGUUUUAACUGUUAAAUUAUAAUUCUUAGAAUUGCUAUCUUUAUAUACUGAGCUCAAUUUAACAGCUAAAAGGUUGAAGUUCACAA